AUGGAUAAUGAAGAGGUCUUAAUCUAUAAAGGCUUCCGAAUACUAUGUGUGGCGGAACUCAGGGGUGAAUUGCACAAACUAAAUGUACUAGCUGCCAAGCACAACGCUUCGAUUAUCAUUCACACAGGAAACUUUGGGUUCUUUGACGAAAAAAGUGUAUCAAGGAUUCACGAAAGCUACCUAAGGCAUAUAAUAGCUUUCUCUCCUCUUGUUGGCGAGCAAGUCAAAGAAAAAGUUAACAGGCUCUCCAAAGUCAGUCCUGCAAAUGAGUUUUCUGGUGAAGGGAAACUUAUUGAUUAUGUACAACACGAAAUAUUAUCAGAGCUUCCUAGGUUCUUGAAAGGAGAACUAAAGUUUAAUGUACCGGUUUACACAAUUUAUGGGAUGAUUGAAGAUACCAGUGUGAUAAAUCGCUUUAAAUUGGGUAUCUACAAAAUUCCCAAUUUACACUUGAUCGAUGAAAGUAACGUUUAUGAUAUCAAUAUUAGCGAGCUUAACCUUAAUCUAUGUUUGUUUGGCCUUGGUGGAUCAUUAAACAUUUCCAAAUUAUUUUUCCACGGCACUUAUGAUGACUCGAUUCAAGCAGAAGUUAAUAAAAUUCCAUCAGAUCAUCGGUUGAAUGAUAAUUUCUUUGUACCAACGUCAGGAGAUCCAGGUAACCUAUGGAUAACUUUGUUACAAAUUGGCAGGUUUAUCAAGACUGUGAGUGAUCAUUUUAGCACCAAUCCAAGUGCAUCAAAAAAUUCUGUCAAAUUAUUCAUCACACAUUCAUCACCGUCAAAAGAAUCAUUACUCGGACAUUUGGGGAUUUUUUUAAAGGCUGAUUAUAUCAUCUCAAAUUCUCUCCAUUUUCUUUAUAGCUCUUCAUAUAACGAGUUGUCGAUAUGCCCCAACUAUGAAUUUUUCAAAAACAAAUUUAUCGACUCGAAAUUACAGCUCAUCAAGAUUUGGAAAAAUAUCAAAUCAACAAUCGAAUUGAUAACUGAAAAAGAAGAAAAUCCAAAUAAACAGGAGAUCUCAGAAUUGUUUGAAAUUGCUCUCAAUUGUUUCGACCGAAUUCCUAUUUCCUCAUCCACCCUUGCCCCAAAUUCUUCACUAACUGUCAAGAACGGCAACCCAAAAGACUUCACUUCUUCAACUACAAAUAAAAAUAUUAUCCCACUAUCAUUAUAUAAUAAAACAUCAUUGGCGAAUGAUCCAGUUAUUUCCAAACGGCAAAAUGACGCCUAUUAUUCGGCAUUUCAAAACUUAUGGCACUUCAAUCUUUGUGAUUUGAAUAAUGGCUAUAUUGUUUUGAAUGUACAAGAUUCCAGAUUCCAAAUGGAAAGCUUUUCCACAGGCUUUGACUUUAGUUUUAGAAACCUUAGUACCCUGGAGCAAGAAACUCAGUCAGACAACGAAUUGAGUGAUAUUAUUAAAGGAAUUCAAUCGAUGAAUCCUAAUAGUGCCGGAUAUCCUGAUGAAUCAUUUGAAGCUGGUCAGCGGGACAAUCAUGGACGCGCCGUGGAUGCAGAUGUACUAGAAGAAAGGGAUGAUGAAGGCAUCACCAUCAAAAAUGAGGAUGAAAAAGGACAUGAUACGUCGUAUGAUGGGGGCGAUGAAAAUAAUAGCUCCGAUGAAACCAGUUUUGACAAAAGGACUGAAAGACACAAAGGGUCGAACAAAUAUAAUGGCCGCGGACGUGGGGGUAAAAAUAAUGGUCAUAGAGGAAGAGGUAAUCUGAGAGGAAGAGGAAGGGGAUCCUCUAGAGGACGAGUAAGAAGUGGAAGAAGCUGA